AUGGCACGCCCCUCCUGUGGCCCAACACGCGGGGCGUGGCCAGCUUCUCCAUGUCCCGCCUCCUCCGGUGGCCGGCUGUGCAGCAGUGAGGCUCACCUCUUGAUUCCCGCCCCCUUCAGCCGCCCGGGCCACGGAGCCAUGCAGAUUAUCGGGGCCCCACUUAUUAUCCGGGCCACGCUGGUUAUUGCAACAUCAUUUCCAUUUUCACUCACCAGGGCCUCAGGCUCAGCCUUUCCUCCCGUCAUGGGUGCGCAGGGCACACAGCUUCAGUCUCAGGGCUAUUCUUUGCAGCCCUCUCUACAUGUGUCCGGCUUUUACGAGUAUUACUCUGAGACCAUGUUCACAGGACCGUAUCCUGUGGAGAAACGAGGCCAGAUCAAGUGCAGGAAGAAACGUGCUGCUCUGAAAGGUAGGCUCCCCACGUUCUCCCAAGGGGAUUUGAUCUCGGUCUCUGUCAGCAAGAGCCAGGCCACCAACGCCCUAGGGAAACUCGAUGACACUGGAAGCUUUCAGCGUUUCUUAAAAGGAGAUGCCUUAGGUGAAGUUUUCAACUCAGAAUCUGCUACAGCCCUCCCGUCAGCGAGGGACUCUGAGGAGGACACUUUCUCCAGCACUGUGUCCCUGAAGGCUUCCCCAUCUCCUUCACCCCAGGGCUUGCAGCCUCUGGCCUCUACCUUGUCACCAGUCCACAUGGGUUCCUCAGUUUCUGUUGAGUCACACUCAUCCCAGAGUGUGUCUCAGCCUCCGGAGCUGUCGAUUGCUCUAGGAGAAGGGUCUUUUCCCUGUUCUCAUUUUCCUCCACCUGUGGCCUGCACUCCACCCAGGCACGACUCAAACUCGGGUCUUCCCCCAUGUGACAUCAGGGAAGUCCCACCAGAAACCACCCCACAGAGCUCUCCAACCAACAGCUCUCGGGUGCCUUCUCCUAUCCCAACCCUCAACUCUGAUCUCCUGGAUUUUCCAGACAGAGUGAUUAGUAAGAGGGCAAAGCUGAAAUCAGCUUCUCAGGAGAAAGAACACCCUCUGGAUUCUCGGGGGAACAUGAUGAAGUCACUAGGCAGUGCACAAGACACUGCCAUCCCUCAGCCCUUCUGGAACACCGAGGGAAAACCACAGCAGCUUCCUGAUUCUCAGGAGCUGUUUUUCCCCAUGGUCUUGCAGAAAUGCUGCCAACUGUUCUGGGGCCUUCCCUUCCUGCACAGCGAGUCUCUGGUGGCUCCUGUCCAAAUGUCUGGUCAUCCACUAGACUUACCCUUUGUUUUAUUCAAUAGUUUCUUGCACUUAGUGCCGGUACAAGUCCAAGCUAAAGUACCUCCACCGUACUUUCUACCACAGCCUUUACAGCACCAUUUGGUCAAAUCACAACCCUUCACUCCAACCGUAUCCUGGCCUCAGCCUUCCUCAGUGGCUGAGAUCCAGACCUAUGCCCAUGGCACCUUCUGUACACCAAUACAAUCCUGUCCUUCACCUCCAGUGAGGUCCUGUACUAUCCCACCUGUUGUUCAACAAUUAGACCAUCAUCUCAAGAAGAAACACCUACAAUGUCAUAGAACUUUACCCUCUGUGGUCAAACAGUCUCACAAAACCUUUAGUCAAGAACAGGGUACCUGGAACCAGAGAGGCUUUAGUGAUGAUUCCAGUGAUUAUAUUAGCCUAGAGAUGAGGAAAAAGCUGGAACAUCACCUCCAAGGGAGGAUCCUACAGCACCUAUGUAAAACAAAUCACAAGAUCCAGCUGUCACCUAAGAAUUUGACAGGAACAGAUCAGAAAGACCACAAACAUGCAUUUUUACAACACUCUACAUCUGUAGAGAAUUGUUACCGGAAUAAAACAACCCCAGAGUGUCCAGUAUCCCAAGGAUGGAAGAACUCUAGAAUGGAUCUGCAAUUCUCUAUGAGGAGAGUAGUGAGAGCUCUAGACAGGGAUGCAGAAAGCUCCUCAGGGGAUUUUCUAGAGGCCAAAACACAGAAAAAAUUAGAAAGCGACAUGAUGAGACCAAGUAGUGAUUCAGGAUAUUUUCCCCCAACUCAUUCAAAUAAGAACUAUCUAGGAGAAACCCCAAUAGCACAUCUCAUCACUAAAUGGGAGCAGAUCAGUAGCGACAAGGUCCCUAUGCAUGUUAGUCAUUACCGGGGCAAGACAAAUCAUGCCUUGCCCGCCCGUGGUAACUCCAACUCUAGCAAGAACACUGGCGGAGAACCACCCUUAAAUACCAGGGAAACCUGCAAGAGCUCCUCCCAGGAGGUUUCCCACAUUGAUGCUGCCACUCAACAGCUGCUAGAUGUGCAUAUCAAGAAGCUUUGGGGAGCUUCACACUACAUGGCCUGUAGUAACUUCAAGGCCUAUCACACAGUGAAAGAGGGUGCAUACCAGAGAGAAGCCCUUCCCAAAGAACAAAAGAGCAAAGAAAGAGAAAAAACUGAAGGCCAUGCCUUACAACCUUCUCAACCUCCUUCACAACCUGAAACCCCGAGGGGAACACAGGAUAAUCAUAACUGUGGUCCCUUGGAGGUCUCUCCUAGUGGAGAGGAAGGUAGACUGCUUUCUGAGACUCCAUCUUGUAUCUUACUAGGAAGAAAGUGGCACCAUAACAUUGUGUCAGGAUCAGAAGGAAGCAGUUUAGAAACAACAAAUAGCCCAGAAAUGGGCAUGUCUGCGACAAAUGAAAAAGAAAACCUCUGCCACAGUGUGUCCAUUAAAGAGGUCUUUGUUGCACCCAAUUCUGAGUACACAGAAGGUCUCAUGGAAAUGGGAGAGUAUAAAAAGCCCACUAACCUGGAUUUCAAUAACUUGAAACUCAGAAAUUCAGAACUAGUGAGGACCACUGAAACACUAUUACCACCCAGAAUUUCAAUUUCCAACUAUGCAUUUGAUUCAUACUUUAAAGAACACACAGGAUCAACCAGUACAAGCAAAAGCACCCCUUUUGAUGAUAUCCUUCAGGACUGCAAUGCUGACCCAUUCCUGCAAGGUGGUGCCCCCGAGAUGCUGAUUGCUGACGACAUGUUUGCUUCUCAGAGCUCUCUAACUAGCUCAGAGAAACUUUCUGGAAGCAGCACAUCCACUUUCUAUGAGCGACGCACUCCCUUGCCAAAGGGAGUGCAAAUCACGAAGCAGCAAGAACCUAAGACAUCUAAACUCCAGCAGCCAUGGUACAGCAAAAUGUUUCAUGGGCAUAAUGAGACACAGAGCUGUGAGAGGCCCAAAGCUCCAACACAGAAGGCAAAGCCAGCAGGAAUGAGGCCCUCACAAGGCUGGAAGCUGAACUCUCCUGCCCAGGUCAGGAAAACAAGAACUGUGAAGAACUCCAGCCUACCUGUGUCAGAGAAAGCACAGCAUCCCCCGGAGAGUCAGUUCGGAAACCGAAUAAUGAAGUUUUUUGUCUAUUUUCCCUAG